UAACUGGAAAAGAAGCCAGGCAGUGGAACAAUCAGAAGCAUAGAGUUUAGAUUUAUCCAAUCCAAUGCCAAUAUCCUAAACGCCCGCGCGCGAGUACAAGCCACAAAACAAGCUUAGAAACGGAGAGACUGUUGUAUUGAAGUGAUGGCGUCACAAUUUUUCCAAAUUUACAGCUUGGCACUCGAAACCGAACAAACCAAAAUAAUAUCUAUCAUCGUUUGCUUCCUGUCCUCCAGAUCAGAAAAAAGAAAACUACUUGCUAAUAUCCUAGCUACCCUUGUCUGCUUUUCUCACCGGUCUUUCUCACAUCUUUCUUAUACAAUUAUUAUCUUAUAUCUGUGCCUUUUUCACUCUCUUUUGGACAUUUAUCAAACACUCAGAUAGCGUUUUUAGUUAAGUAUACGAUAAAAGAGAAAAAAAAAGAAGGAGGAAACGAUCAGGGAAGAUGAGUUUCAGGGAUGAUUCGGAAGAUGCGAGAGGUGAUCUGCGGAAACCGUUUCUACACACAGGGAGCUGGUAUCGGAUGGGUUCAAGGCAAUCUAGCAUGAUGGGGUCAUCACAGGUUAUACGUGAUAGUUCAAUUUCUGUUGUUGCCUGUGUUUUGAUCGUUGCUUUAGGUCCAAUCCAAUUCGGUUUCACCUGUGGCUAUUCCUCUCCAACGCAAACCGCAAUCACUGAUGAUCUUAAACUUAGUGUUUCAGAGUACUCUUUAUUUGGUUCACUGUCAAAUGUGGGUGCUAUGGUCGGUGCUAUAGCCAGUGGUCAGAUUGCUGAGUACAUUGGACGAAAAGGGUCUUUAAUGAUCGCAGCUAUUCCCAAUAUUCUUGGGUGGCUUGCUAUAUCAUUUGCCCAUGAUGCUUCUUUUCUCUACAUGGGAAGGUUGUUGGAAGGUUUUGGUGUAGGAAUUAUCUCAUACACGGUGCCUGUAUAUAUAGCAGAAAUAGCACCUCAAAACUUGAGAGGCGCAUUGGGUUCAGUGAAUCAGCUCUCUGUCACAAUUGGAAUCAUGCUGGCCUAUCUGCUUGGGCUUUUUGUUCAAUGGAGAAUACUUGCUGUCUUGGGAAUAUUACCUUGUACCCUUUUGAUACCUGGCCUGUUUUUCAUUCCCGAAUCUCCUCGGUGGCUGGCAAAAAUGGGUAUGACAGAAGAUUUUGAAGCUUCUUUGCAAGUUCUUCGGGGUUUUGAUACUGAUAUUUCGCUUGAAGUGAAUGAAAUUAAGAGGUCUGUAGCUUCAACGAGUAGAAGAAGUACAAUCCGAUUUGUAGAACUCAAAAGAAGAAGAUAUUGGCUCCCACUAAUGAUUGGCAUUGGGUUACUUGUCCUGCAACAACUUAGUGGCAUUAAUGGUGUUCUGUUCUAUUCCAGUACCAUUUUUGAAUCUGCAGGGGUUAAAAAUAGUAAUGUAGCUACUUGCGGGCUUGGUGCCAUCCAGGUUAUUGCUACUGGUGUAACAACAUCAAUAGUUGAUAAAGCAGGCCGUCGUCUUCUACUUAUUAUUUCCUCUUCUGCAAUGGCUAUCAGCCUCCUACUUGUUGCAGUAUCAUUCUUUGUGCAGGAUUUUGUAUCCGAUCAGUCUCAUUUAUAUAGCAUACUGGGGAUCUUAUCAAUAGUUGGAGUUUUGGGGAUGGUAGUUGGGUUCUCUUUGGGAAUGGGGCCUAUUCCAUGGAUUAUAAUGUCUGAGAUUCUUCCUGUCAAUAUUAAGGGCCUUGCUGGAAGUGUAGCAACACUUGCCAAUUGGUUAUUCUCCUUCGUAGUGACGAUGACUGCAAACUUGCUUUUGAGUUGGAGUAGUGGAGGAACAUUUACCAUUUACUUGAUCGUCUGUGCUCUCACUAUCGCAUUUGUGGCUAUUUGGGUUCCUGAGACAAAAGGGAGAACAUUGGAAGAAAUUCAAAGCUCCUUCAGAUGAGGUUUUGUUGUUCUUUCUUUUUUCUUCAUUUUUUCACUUGAUCAUAUGAAAUUCAUUUUUGAAACUGGUAGAAUCCAAUCUUGGUACUUCCCAUUUGUAAUGAUUGCUCUUUUUAUGCACAAGUAUGUAAGGUUUUCCCCAGCAUGAAAGAAGCAUCUUUUCUGCCAGCA